UUCUCUUUCUCUUGGCUUCUCUUCUGCAAAGGUUUUUUCAUUCUCGUUAAUUAAUACCGUUUCCAUGUUCUAACUUCUUCCCAAACGCCCGCAACCUUCUCGCUGUCUCUCUGUCUCUCAUGGCUAGGGUUCCCUCCGUCGCUCCCUGGACAUGAAACCCCUCUCUCCCACCCUCCUCACUGGCGGAGAGAAACUCUGGCAGACGAUGGAUCCGUGCCUCCGCGCUGCACUUCCCCUCGUCUUCCUCCUCCUCGCCUCCUCCGCCUCCGCGGCCGGCCCGGCCGACGACGCCAAGUCACUCCUCGAGUUCAAGAAAGGCAUCUCCAGCCCCUCCGUCUCCGCCCUCGACUCCUGGAAGCCCGGAUCCACCCCCUGCGGCGCCACUCCCUCCUGGUUCGGCGUCUCUUGCGACGCCGCCGGGAACGUCGUCUCCGUCGACCUCUCCCGCCGCGACCUUAGCGGCGACCUCAAGUUCUCGACUCUAACUGGCCUCAGUUACCUCCAGAACCUCAGCCUCUCCGGCAAUGACUUCACCGGCCGCCUUGUGCCCGGCCUCGGCAGCAUGGCCCAGCUCAAGCACUUGGAUCUCUCGGGGAACAGGUUUUACGGUCCCGUACCUGAGCGAAUUACUGAUAUCGGCGGCCUGUUGUUCCUCGAUCUCUCUUAUAACAAUUUUACGCAAGGAUUCCCCACGGGGAUUCGGAAUCUACAGCAGCUUAGGGUGCUUGAUUUGCGGUCCAAUGGCCUGUGGGGUGACAUGGCGGAGCUUCUUGCGGCGCUAAGGAACAAUGAAUAUGUUGAUCUGAGUAGCAAUUACUUCACUGGAAAUCUCCUUGUUGACGCAGUUAACCUCACGGCCUUGGGGAAUACGGUCAAGUAUUUGAAUUUGAGCAAUAACAAUCUCUUUGGUGGCUUCUUUACAAAUGAAUUGAUUCAGACGUUCAAGAAUUUGGAGAUGUUAGAUGUGAGCAACAAUCAAUUGACUGGAGAGCUUCCGGCUUUUGAUUCCGUGUACAGCUUAAAAGUUUUUCGUGCUGCUGGUAAUAAGCUGUAUGGAUCUAUGCCACGUGCAUUGCUUGCCAGUCCACUGCAGUUGCAGGAAAUAGACCUUAGUGGAAAUGGGCUUACAGGUAAUGCUUUGGAUGUCAACUCUACUUCCCUGAAGCUUCUAAAUCUCUCAUCCAAUAUGCUAACAGGUUCAUUGCCUUCAAGAAUAGGGUUGUGUAUAUCAGUGGAUUUUAGUAAUAAUAAUAUAUCUGGUGAUCUAUCUGUACUGCCCAAUUGGGGAAACACAUUAGAAGCUAUUGAUUUAAGUUCAAAUUCAUUGUCGGGUAACUAUCCUGAGGCAUCUCAACUCCAGAACCUGAGAUCCAUAAGGAUUCAAAAUAACCAUUUAACAGGCGUCCUUCCGUCUGCAUUGGAAAACUAUCCUUUGUUGUCAGAACUUGAUCUCAGUAUGAAUGGAUUCUCAGGAUCAAUUCUUCCAGGAUUUUUCAAAUCUAUUCUAACUAGUUUGAAUCUCUCAGGAAACCAAUUUUUUGGGAAUAUUCCAAUUCAAAGCUCACAUUCAACUGAAUCACUUGUUUUACCAUCUUAUUGUCAUUUAGAGAGCCUUGACUUAUCUGAUAACACGUUGACUGGUCCAUUGCCGAUAGAAAUUGUUAACCUUCAAAGACUUAAGCUUCUUAUUCUUCGAAAUAAUUCCUUGUUGGGAGAGUUGCCUAGUGAGCUAGGCAAGCUCAACUCUUUGGAAAUCCUUGAUCUGUCAAUAAAUCAUUUUGAUGGUGAUAUACCUGAUAUGCCUCAACCAACUCUGAAGGUUUUUAACGUUUCCUAUAAUGAUCUGUCUGGCACCAUCCCACAAAGUCUGCAGAGAUUUCCACCUGACUCAUUUUAUCCUGGGAAUACAUUACUUGUCUCUCCUCGUGGCAUGCCUUCAGAAAAUGAUGGUGAAUUGGAUGGAAAUCAUGACCGUUGGAAGUAUAACGUCCGAAUAGCUGCUAUUGUCGGGUCAGUUGGUGGUGUCAUGUUAAUUUUAUUUGCAGUGAUGAUAUUAUACAUGAUCCGGUCCCAGGAACUCUGUGGAAAGAAUUGUUCUGGAGACCGAUCUACUGGAAGAGAAUUAAAACUGGGGAGAUUAGGCCGUCCAAAUAUAUUCAGAUCAUUGAAGGAUAAUCCUGUGACUACUUCAGUUAGUUUUUCCAAUGACCAUUUAUUGACAGCUUCUAGAACAGUAUCGGCACAGAAGGAGUUAUUGGCAGAGGCUGUUGAAUAUGGAUAUUCUGAUAGUAAAACUUCAGAAACUUCUAUGAACCACGUGCAAAAUUAUCCUGCUACAGAAGGAGAGAGGUCUUCUCCAGGAUCACCAUUGUGCUCAUCACCUCAUUUUACCAAUUCACUUGUAUCUGAACAACCAGUAAUGUUGGACGUUUAUUCACCAGAUCGUUUAGCUGGAGAACUCUUUUUCUUAGACAACUCUUUGAUAUUCACAGCUGAAGAAUUAUCUCGUGCCCCUGCAGAAGUUCUUGGUAGAAGCAGCCAUGGUACAUCCUACAAAGCAACCCUCGAUAGUGGCCAUGUUAUGACUGUCAAGUGGCUAAGAGUAGGCCUUGUUAAAGUCAAAAAGGAAUUUGCUAAGGAGGCAAAGAGAAUUGGAACCAUCAGACAUCCAAAUAUCAUCCCUUGGAGGGGCUAUUAUUGGGGUCCAAGGGAGCAAGAAAGAUUGAUCAUUUCUGACUACGUUAAUGGAGAUAGUUUGUCACUUUAUCUUUACGAGUCAACACCUAGAAGGUACUCCCGCCUCUCGGUUAGCCAAAGGCUAAAAAUUGCUAUCGAUGUGGCUUGUUGUUUGUAUUACCUCCAUAAUGAGAAGGGCCUAGCUCAUGGAAGUCUAAAACCAACAAAUAUCCUCCUCACUGGUCCAGAUCUCACUGCUAGGUUGACAGAUUAUAGCCUUCAUCGUCUCAUGACACACAAUGGAACAGCAGAACAAAUUUUAAACUUGGGAGCACUUGGGUACCGGGCACCUGAGCUGCAAACUGCAAGCAAGCCAUCCCCAUCUUUCAAGGCUGAUGUGUAUGCAUUCGGCGUAAUACUCAUGGAGAUGCUUACUCGAAGAAGUGCGGGUGAUAUCAUCUCAGGCCAAACGGGUGCAGUUGAUCUUACCGAUUGGGUGCAAAUGUGCAACAGGGAGGGAAGGGGAACUGACUGCUUUGACAGGGAUAUCUCAGGUUUAGAGGAAGCUCCGAGGGUCAUGGACGAACUGCUUGCAGUAUCGCUCCGGUGUAUUCUUCCAGCAAAUGAGAGACCAAACAUCAGGACGGUCUUUCAAGAUCUCUGUGCCAUAACAAUAUGAAAAUUUCUCCCCUAAUUUCCUCCUUUUGUACAUGUAGCUGGAAUUUAAUUUUUUCCCCACAUUUUUUUUCGGGUUCAAAAGCCUUGCAACCCAAGGCACCUUCAAAAUUUAGUGUAAAGAGCUUAUCAUUUGUUGAUUGGAUCAGUGCGAGUGUGUUGAGUUGAAUUGCAAAGGAUGAUCUUUGUUUUACCAAUUCUGUCUAGAUCAUGUGGCCCUUCCAAGGGAUCUCUUUCGUAUCCA